UCGUGUUUUUGAUGUCUAUUUACAAAGCUUUUCAUUUUUUGGUUUUUUUAUCAGAAUCAUCGCUCGGUUUUUAGCUUUUGCCUCAUGGAUGACUUCAUUGUUUCAUUGGUUCAGCAGUGUCCAGAUGGCCAGCAGCAGGCAGCAGCCUAUUAUCAUUUAUCAAUGGAUUGGUCAUACUCAUAGUGAGACAAAGAGCCAGUCUUCUGCUACUUAACAAUAAUAUAUUAUAUAUAUAUAUAUAUAUUUUAAGUAAGAAUAACACAUGAUGAGCCUCCUCCUCCACUCACACGCUCACCCAUCCAACCCAUCUACCCAGUGAUAGUGUUGUUCGAUCCGAUCAGUGUGUCUGUCCAUUGAGAGAUGGUGGCGCAUGUUCUGGUAUUCCCUUUCCCCGCCCAGGGACACCUGAACAGCAUGCUCAAGUUGGCUGAGCUUCUAUCCCUCUCCGGUCUCCAUAUCACCUUCCUCACCACAGAUUACCACUACCAUCGCCUCUGCCUCCAUUCCCCAACUCACGCUCGUCUAUCUCGACGCCCGGGCUUCUGGUUCCGCUCCAUCUCUGAUGGUCUCACUGACCAACGACUCCGUUCCGCCGAUCGUAUCCUCGAACUCUACGAGUCACUGACUUACAACUCCAGCUCUCUGUUUCGAGACCUUUUGAUCUCCAACCAGAACCAGGAUGGAUGGCCACGGAUCACGUCUCUUGUGGUCGACGGUAUCAUGCCUUUUGCUAUGGAUGUAGCUAAUGAUUUGGGAAUACCAACCAUAGCUUUUCGUACUUCCAGUCCAUGUAGCAUCUGGACCUACUUCUCUCUUCCCAGCCUUGUUCAAGCAGGAGAGUUUCCUUUCCCAGCUGAGGAAGCUGAUUUAGAUAAGAGGGUGUACGCUGUAACGGGCAUGGAGAGCUUCCUACGGCGCAGGGACCUCCCCGGGUUUUUCAGGCAGGCUAGGGACAUCAGUCACCCGUUCCUUGACUUCGUUUAUGCUGUCACACUUAGUACGACGCGCGCAAAAGCUUUCAUCCUCAACUCUCUGGAAGCUAUGGACGGCACAGUGCUAUCCCACAUCCGCACCGUUUGUCCGACCACCUAUGCCAUUGGCCCUCUUCACUCUAUGCUCACAAGCAUGAGCUCACAUGUGUUAAUUAACAGCCAAAGCGACGAAAGGUCAACUAACUCGGCCACCUUACGGCGAGAAGACCGGAGCUGCUUGACCUGGCUUGACAACCAACCGAAAGGAUCUGUGCUGUAUGUGAGCUUCGGUAGCUUUACUGUGAUAACAAAUGAGGAUCUCUUGGAGUUUUGGCAUGGCUUAGUCAACUCGGGUCAACGGUUUUUAUGGGUAAUACGGUCGGAUUUGGUCAAUGGGGUCGAGAAAGUGGGAAGCCCGUUGCCGUCGCUGUCUGUGCCACCAGGGGUGGUAGAGGGGACGAGUGAAAGAGGAUGCCUUGUUGCAUGGGCGCCGCAGGAGGAUGUGCUAGCUCAUCCCUCAGUGGGAUGCUUCUUGACUCACAGUGGUUGGAACUCAACUCUAGAGAGUGUAGUGGCUGGGGUGCCAAUGAUAUGUUGGCCUUUCUUUGUGGACCAGCAGAUCACCAGCAGGUAUGUGAGUGAAGUAUGGAAGAUUGGGCUGGACAUGAAGGAUAUGCAUGGGAGAGAGAUUGUGGAGAGAAUGGUAAGAGAUGCCAUGGAAGGAGAGAAAGCUCAGGAGUUGAAGAGAUCGGCAGCAGCAAUGGCGGAGAAGGCCAAGGAGAGCAUAAGAGAAGGAGGGUCCUCCUAUCUGAACUUCCAGAGUCUGGUGCACUACCUCAAGUCCACUGAUGAUCGAUCAGGACAAGAACGAUUAGAUUAGAUUAGAUAGAUCAUUAAUUGCCUGCUUAAUUAUGAAUAUUUCUUCAAGUCCUGCUUUUUAUCAUCACAUUUUGAUGUGCUUAUCUUUGGAAUAAAGCUUAAUCAGAAUAUUUAUCUUCA